AUGGCAGAUUUUGUGGAUGUGAGUGAUCCUGGCUAUCAAAAAGGUAUCGGUCAAGAACUUGGUGUUAGCCAAGCAACGGUAUCACGGACUGUGAAUACAGUAGUUGAUAGCAUAAUUGCUCAUGCGAAUGAAUGGAUAAAGUUUCCAACUACCAACAGAGAAAUAGUAGAGGAAAAACAGUUAUGGCAAAGGAAGUAUAAGUUUCCGACAGCUAUUGGUGUCAUCGAUUGUACUCACGUGGGGAUACUGAAACCAAAGCUGCUUGGAGAUGAGUACAUUAAUCGAAAAGGCAAGUCUACUCUGAAUGUUCAAGCCACUUGUGAUGCCAAAGAAAUGUUCACUAGUGUUGAUGUUAGUUGGCCUGGAUCCGUGCACGACUCAAGGAUAUGGAGAAAUUCACAAUUGGAAAAUGUACCGAAAAUAAUCGUUACCUGUGUCGGGCUCCAUAACAUUGCAAAAACUUUUGGUGAUCCUGACUUCGAGCCAGCUGAAGAGAUACCAGAAGAUGAAGAAAACCAUGACAACAAUCGUGAUGAACUAGCUCUUCGCCAACAGGGACAAGAAAUCAGGAACAACUUGAGCAUUGUAAUAUACAACUUUAAUAAUUAA